AUUGGAACAAAACGGGAACUACGGGUGGAAGAUCGGGGGAAUGGGAUUGAACUGUAGCGUAUAAUCACCCCGUCUGUGAUUCAGGAGCGUGAUGGAGGACUCUGGUGGAAUGACAGCUAAUGCCCAGGAGUUCUGCCUCCGCUGGAACAACUUCCACUCUAGCUUAGUAACAGCGCUGGAUGGUUUCAAGAAUGACCAAGAUUUUGUAGAUGUAACUCUAGCAUGCGAAGGACAGUUCCUCAAAGCUCACAAAAUGCUACUUUCAGCCUGUUCAGUUUUCUUCAGAGAUCUCUUGAAGGCAAAUCCAUGUCAGCAUCCAAUUGUCAUAUUGCCACCAGAGGUGCGUUUUGCAGAUUUAGAGAAGCUUCUACGAUUCAUAUACCAGGGGGAAGUUAAUGUGCAUCAAGAAAAUUUGGCUAGAUUUCUCAAAACUGCAGAAAUGUUGAAGAUCAGAGGCCUUGCAGAGGACAGUGAAAAGCAGAGAGUACUUCGUUCAUCCUCACCAAGACCGCCGGAAGGAUGUGACACUGAUUCCGUCAGUCCUAAACGACCCAGGUUAUCUAUAGACGUCCACCAAUCCUCUCAAGAACCACAUACCCCAAAUGAUGACAGUCGGUUAUCAGGUGAUUCAGAUUCAGAAAUGAUUCCUGUCAAACAAGAGAUGGUUGAAUUAAAAGAAUGCAGUGAUUCUGCAUACGAAGGUGGGUUUCAACAGAGCCUUUGUCCAGAGGCGUACCUGAGAGAAGGAGGUCCUGCCUCCUCCUCACAACAAUCCCAACAAGCUCCCCCAAAUGCACCCCCGCCCCCCGGGCCGUUAUUACCUUCUUAUGUUCCACCUCCACAAGUCAAGACACAAGAUGGGCUCUGUCGGACCCCACCGCACCCGGUAGGGGGACUCAUCAGACGCUUUUUGGAAGAAUGCUUGCAGCUAUCUGAGCCGGGACCCCUGCUGUCCUGCUAUACUGGAUUGGAGUCGACCCCACACUUCCAGCUUCUGCGAUCUGUAGCAAAGGAGUGGAGCUACUGCCGCAAUGCCACCCAGAACUACACCACCAUGGGUGGUAGUAGUAAACGCCAGAGGGCUACUUCAAGGCUCAUUGAAACAUUUGAAAGUAUUGAUGCACUACGCUCACAACUGGCUCACUACAUGCACCAAAUUAUUCUUCUGGAAAUGUCCAGUCCUGGGACUAUAGCUAAAGUAUCAAAGGCUGAACUUCAGAUACAACAGCAUCAGCAACAGGUAAAUCAACAGGCACAACAAGGGGAAGGGGCAGCACCUGAAGGUGGGAAUAAUAGUAAUUCUGAUCCAGCACCCAUGGAUAUAGCAGAAAUGACAGGUAUCACAACAGAACAAUGCACUUUCUUUUCUAAAGCCACUGAAGUUAUGAAGCAAUUGCGUAAGUUGUACUUUGACCAGUCUCGUCGACUGGCUGUGCGCAUUAGCCAGCUGAAGAAAGGGCGGCAACAGUCUCAGGAACGUAUGCAGAGACAGCAAGCCAUGCAACAAAACUACCUCCAACAAACUUUACAGCAGCUUCAACAGCAGCAACAUCAACAGCAGCAACAACAGCAACAUCAUCAGUCACAGCAACAGCAACAGCAACAGCAGCAACAGCAACAGCAGCAGCAGCAGCAGCAUCAUCAGGGACAACAAAUGGGUAGUCAUCAAAUGGGCCAAGGUCACCAAGAUGGAGCAGCACAACUCCUUCAUGGACAACUGUCCCUGCAUCAUCUCCACCAACCUUGGUCUGACUAGUGAUUGUGAUGAAGUUACAUAUAUAACUGGUCUGAUUCUUUAAAAAUUUAACCUUUUAACAACAGCUACCUGCAGUCCCACUUCAGUUGCGAGGUUUUAAAAGCAGUAUUUAUGGUUAGAAAUUGAUGACAAAGGCAGCAGGCUCAAUCAAAAUGCAUUACUGCACUGGGAUUGAGAGUUUGCUUCCUUAGAAAGUAGUGCUUUCCUGUGCAGACUGAUAAAUCCACUUCAUUUAAAGCCAGUGAUAAUGUGAAACAAUGCCUCUUACUAAGUUUAGGUUAGUGGAUAUGCAUCUGUUGUCAUGGUCAUGAUGUAUAUGAGUGCACAAGGGAUUUUCCAGAAUCUCGAUGAACACAGUCUUGGAAACCAUCUAUGCAUUGUACAGGAAAUCUUAUGACCAUUUCAAAAAAAUAAUAAUAAUUUUGUUACUAAUUAAUAUGUAGAAUGUGGUGUACAUAAUACUGUAUUAAGUACUGGUAGGUAUGGUGAAUAGCCUGUUGUGGCAUUAGGAUUCAGUGUUCCAGUUAGGUUUUUGGAAAAUGUGGUGUCUUUAGGCAUAAACAUUUUCCUUCAGCACACAACUCAGGAAGUGACAGGGCAUAUGUUACAUAUUCCAACUCUCCUCACAAGAUUUCUUUUUUUUUAAAGCUGUAAGGUUAAAUGCUUCACAAUCAAGAACGGGUCUCUUGCUAUGUUAGCCACAUCGAGGAGCGUGAUUCAAAUGUCUAAAUGAAACACUGUGUUCUUCACAAUAUGGAUGUAUUGUUUGAGAGGUAUUGAGUAUUUCAGGUAUUACUGGUAAUCAAAUUCUUAUACAUUAAUGAAAAUAAAAAAAAAGAUUAAAAAUAUUGACAAAAGGUCCUCAUGGCGAUAUGUCCGCCGUAACUUGCAGUCGUCAGAAGUUGUGUGAAUGUGUUUUAUCUUGUGACUGGUAUGCAGGGCUGCAGCUUCUUCCCCCCCCCCCCUUUCCCAGGGAGUCUCUUCCAAUACAAAUCUUGUAGUUUGCAACAGUUACAGAUAUAUUCAUCUGUGUCAUUACUGUGUGUACAUCCUUGUGAUGCUCCUUAUCUUACAUAUGAAUGAUCACAAACUUUAUACCUCAAGAUUCUACCUGUAAACAAGCCAAGACUUAAAAUCUAUUUUAUUUACUAGCAUUAUACCAGGUGCUCUAAGCCCAGUGUCUUUAGUGGUCUUAUAUUUAGAAAUGGCUAGGCUUAUGUGGGUGGAGGUUUUGUUGACAUAUGCCAAAUUUUACAUAUACCUUGCAUGAAAAAUAUAAGUUUAGUAUUGGAAUUAGCCUCUUACUAAUGUGCCAUGGGCAGAAUUUGCUGCUCUUGGGCUAGGCACAGUGGACUCAAGUUAUAUUGACCAUACAAAGAAGCAAUAUGGCAAAUUAUGCUAGCCAUGCGAUGUAGAAGUACUGUACUUGGCGUAUGUUGUUACUUUUAUUCAGGUAUGUAAGUAUUACAUGCACAUGUCAGAUUGAAGGGGCUUAUUUUACUGAGCAGUUAUCAGGUAAACAAAGUUCAGGUUUCAACUAGAAUUAAAUGUUUUUGAAUGGUACUUGCAUCAGGAAGAAGCUCAAGUAAUUAAAAGGCUCAGUGCCCGAAGGUGACUUGCUGGAUAAACUUGGAUAGUGUAUUGCUCUCGUCCUGAUGCGAGCUAACCUUCAAAAUCCGACAUUUUACAUAUUACAGAGAUAGCUAUAUUUAUUAAGUUAAAUUAGGCUACAUUAUACUAUUUUUUUAUGGUAUUUAGAUCGUUUAUUAUUUUAUAAUUUUUAUUAAUAUUUAAUAAUGCAUUUUUAAUAUUUUAUAUUUAUAUACUGUCUAGUGUAUUUCAGCCUGAAAUACUAUGUAUGAUUGUCAAUAACUGUAUUAAGAAGUGAUUAAGCUGAAUCCUUGAUAGGGAAGCCAGAUCAAGUUCAUAGAAGAUCUUGCCUUAGGGGAUACAGGAGCUUGUGAGGUCAUGCCCAACUCUCAACACAUGGGGAUAUGCCAUGCUAUGCAACCUUAAAUCUCUAAUUAAUAGCAGUUCAGUUAUGGAAGAACUUUGACCAUAACAGAAGGUUUAGAAACACAAGAGCUGCUGUCUGUAAUGAUUACCACUUCAGAAACUUUUUGCACUAUAUAAAGUAUAUGAUGCAUAAAUUGAAUUUUUUUCAUAGUUAUUAUUGGUGGGUAAUGUAAGCCAGUAUUUGUAUUGCAUUCCUGGGACAUAAGUGAUAGGCCAAUAACUUCCGAGGUACAUUUCUUCAUUGGUAUUGUGUUAAGUUUGGAAAAUAAAGCAAAAAAUUUGAUCUAGCAUACUGUUCGAGCCAAUUUUUUUUUUUAACGGUACUGUAUCCCAAGUGUUAUGGGUAUCGUAAUGUGAUGUCUGCUAGUAGGGGCCUACAGACAGUUUGACAUUUCAAAUGUUUUAUUGUAUUUAGCGUAUUUACUCUGGCAAGUAUAAUGAAGUAGAUCAUUGCAAAUCUAAGACUGGUUUGAGCCAAGGCCUUCCUGGACCACUGAAUUUUCCAGUUCUGAAGCCCUGAUUAAACAGCAUAAAUGUAUUUAUAGUUGUAUACUCUGCUGUACAUAAUGUAUGCAAAUAAUGUCAUCUAAUUAAUUUACUUAUUCUCAUAGGGCGUUUGCCUCCGUUCCCAAAGUGCAAAUUGUAGAGUAGACUUGAAGAAUUAGGUGAGUAGCAUAGGAUUGGGCUAAUCUCAGAGCCUUUGUUCAAGGAGUUCUGGGAUUUAACCCUAAUUUCUGGUUCUGGAGGGUCUGGCAAAACCAUUUCAAAUUUCUGAAGUUCCAGGGUUCUGAAAUUUUUGUGUGGUGUUCUACUGUUAUCAGCAUUAGAGAAGGACAGUAAUGACUUGAGCUGGCAGUUAUUGGCAAUUUAUUAGUAUAUAUAUAUAUAUAUUAGCUAUAUCAGGCUUUACGAGCCCUUUUGCAUGCAUGGCCACAAUAUGGCCUUAAAUCAUAUGAUGGGUUUUGCAGAUGUCAUAUACGUACUAGGGCAUACAGUUUAUCAAGAAAUACAAGCCAUUGGGUGUGAUGAAUUUGGUUAUGUAACCUGCACUGUUUGUACUAAUUACAUGAGGAUUGGAUAUAUUUGGUUAGGUAGAGCAAACAAAUGGUGGAUUGGUUUGUGUUGGCAGAUUUGAAACUUCAAGAAUCAGAGUGAAGUGAUAGACUUUGCGAGUGGAUAUAUUGAAAAGUGAUGAAUUGAGAAAAAAUAAAAAGACCACUUGCCGGUAUCGCUUGGAAAUGUUUACAAAUUGGACGUGGAAAAGAUGGCAAAUAGUUAACGGAUGUAAUUACUGGAAAUUAAUACAAAGAAAGACUGAAUAUAGAUAGGAAAGGACAAAGUUAAUUAUUGUGAGUGUUGUGUGUGCAGGGCCAUGGUGUGCUGUUCUGCUGUAUACUGUUUGUAUUAUAGCUUAAUACACACUUCAGUAACAUUACAUCAUUGAUAAAAUUAGCCAUAAUUUUCACUUGCAUUAGGGCAUUUGGGUACAACCAUAAUGAGUUGAAUUAUAAGUCCUAGCCAAAAAUGGACAGGAAACCUGGGUGGAGUGGAUCCUAUAGCACAGUGUAUCUAUUCUCACAGACAUAAAUGCACUUCAAUUAAUGUCCAUCAUAUCCAUACCCACGAUACAUAUCCAGGGCUACACAAAUAAACGGGUAUUACAUACAAGGUCACUAUAACAGGGUCCAGCUGGCGUGCCUAGCGCUUCCGGUGUUGUUCGUCUUGCAUUCCUACAGUGGAAUUAGACAUUCAGGAUUAGUUACCUAUAUUAUUUCACCAUUAUUUUUGGGUUAGGAGAGUCCUUAGAAUAAAUUAUGAUCACUCUGGUUUCUUGAGCCAAUUUCUUGGGUGCAUCUACCUCAUGUGGUUUCUUCUGGUGGCUUGUGCGACCCCUUCCAUGACAUUUUAAGGUCCUCCACAUAAUCAAAGUCAGGGAAUGAAUUUAGAGUAUCUGCUGAUCAAAUUCUGUGAUAUAUUCAAUGUCUUCUCAGGGUAACACUAGAUAAUGGCAAACUUCCCAUGUUGUUAAUAAGGCUUGGUUUCUUAAAAUGUUUGUAAUUGGAACCGGCCAACAGGACAGUGGCAGGUGUCAUUGUCUGUCAUGUAGCCAUGAGAAUCAUUAGAAUGAUCAUCAUUAGAAUGAUUAUCAUUGCAGAAAUCAUUUAAGGAGUUGUCUUGGGUCUUAUGAGGUCAUUAUGGGAGGUGUCUGUCAAACCAAAUGUGAAUAUAUCCUGCAGGUUUUUAACAUUCAGGGUCAUGUAUUAUUAUAUACAGCAACUUUUCUGUCAGGGGUUCUUGCAAUAUUCAGGUGAAGAUACCAUAGUUUUUGUAAUUUUUUGCCAUAACUUGUACAACUCGGCUACAACUUGAUCGCAGGUACUUUGUAGUCUGGGUAUGUCUUUGUAAACAAGUUAAUCGUUUUACCAGCAGUUUUAAACUGAAUGGGUGAUAAAUUACUUGAUGAUUAUUAGCCAUGCAAAGUGUUUACCGUUUAGAACAUGUUGUGACGUUUCUUGGUAAGGACAUGACGUGACUGGCAGUGCUCUAACAUGGUCACUGGCUCUAUAAGUCCAGGCAUUCUCUUGGGUAGGAUUAAUGCCUUUAUAGUCUCAGUGCAACUGUUAACAUUUACCAUGUAUGUUUCAGAUUUACAAUUAUUAGAUAUUUUGUUUUCAGAUUUGGGUUAUUAAAACUGCGUGUUAGACCCGUACUUCAGUUAUCUAGAGAAAUACUCGAGUCUUUAUUCAUCCAUAACCUGGGUAUUUACCAGCGUCAGGAAAUGUGUUAAUAAGCUAUUUUCUUUAAUUUCUAAAUUGCAUGCUGUGUGUGAUCAAGAUAUCAGUAAAGAUUUUAGUAACUCCUUUUAGAUAAUCUGAAGUAUUUUUUUUAUAUAUAUAUAUAUAUAGCAUAUGUACUUGAUUUUAUGUUAAGAAUUUUAUAUGAAUAUAGUUUGUGUUUUACUAUCAUUAUAGUGUAUAUUUUCAGAAGUGCAAAUUUUAAAUGAUUUUCCUUGUUGUAAUAUAGGAUGUGCAAUGGAGAAAGAUAUUGUAAUAUUUAGAUUAAAGCUUUCUGAGAAAGAAAUGAAAAAAUUUGUGUCAGCCACAAGUGGAAAUUAAAACUUAGUAAAAUUUUGAAAUAUGAAUAUUUUGAGUCGUUGGUGAAAUUUUCAAGUAUUUUUUCUCACUUGCAUAUCCUAAUAAUUUCCGAGUAAAUCUAUCUUAGUGUCUAACAAUAAACAGUAUAUGGGUUUGCUGCGUACAAAACAAAUAGCCAUCGUCUAUUUGAUGUAAUACGAUUUUUAACAAUGCCCGUUACCAUAGAGGAUUAGGGUUCAGAUAGCUUGAAUGCAUGGUUGUGUCUUGAGCUGGCAAGUUUAAACCUCUGCAGUUUCUCGUAAAGUAUUCCACGUGUUAAGUUGUAAAGUGACAAAUGCUACAAAAAUCUCAGCAAAGAUGUAAACUUACCAGCAAGUCACAUUUAUUGUCCGUUGUCAGUCUCUAGUCCUCAUCUUUCCAUUUUAAACGUUUGUAAUCCCCUUGUAUCUUCAUAUAUGUACUGGAAAAUUUAAUGCAAGAUUAGAAGGAUGUCAGGGCACUGAUGACACUGACAGUAAGCUUUUCAUUGAUAAGUGAACUCUAACUGAAAAUGAAGUAUUAUUUGGAAAAUGAUGUAUGCCAUUGUUGGGUUAAAAAAAAGUGUAAAACACUGUUUGGAAGCUUUAAACUUGAUUUUAAUUUUAUUUGUUGUGAAAUCUAUUGCUCAAAGAAACUCAGUUUAUAUAAGUUUUACAAGGUAAUGAAUAGUAAAUUAUAUAAUGUAAGUGUUUUAUCUUUUUGGUAGAUGUUUAAGUUAUUUUUUAUUACUAGUGAAGAGUAUACUGAUUUCAUGGACUGGAUAUAUGUUCGUAUCAUUCCUUGUGAUUACUGAGGCAAUGUUUAUAGUAUUCCACAUACGUGCUGCUUGGUGCCUCAGUGUCCCGAUAGCUUCACAUGUUGGUGUUGUAGCUUUAGAUAUGUCUAGCAUAUGGAACUAUCAAGUGAUUGCGGUGGACUCCUUGAGGAGUUGACCUCUCAUGGCAUUCUAUUAAAUGCAUUUUAUAGUCUCACAUCUGGAAACUAAUUGAUACCUAUUAAUAAAUGAACCUAACUUAGA